AUUACAGGAACCUCCAUGUUUGAGUGGCUCAUGUCCCUAGCCAUGAGUGUGUGGCCCUUCUUACUGCAGGUCCUGGCUGGGGGAGUGUACCACCCACAACCCAGCCUGCCAUACUGUGGCCCAUGCACACCAACAGCUCAAGUGUCAGAGGUGUGGCAGGACAGUGUUCAGCAACAGCCACCCAUCCACACCAGGGAGCAUGAACUGAGAGGUGCAGGGGUGGAGGAAUGCUGUGAGGCUGCUGCUACUGCCACCAACUCCUAUACUGAUACAUUAAUGAUGAAUGGAAAAAAACGAUGGGGGCCCAGAUAUAACACUUACUAUGAUGACAAUUAUGAACAGCUUCGUAGACAGUUUCCAGUCUCUAGUGGCACAGAACACCGAGCCAUAGAGGGUCCACAAGCACCGCCACCUCACCUGCAGCUGAAGUUAGACGAAGACUGGAGCCAUGACACAACCCCAAGAAGGGAUCCUGUACCUACGAGGCCUCGAUUUGGACUCAAGAUGUUGCAGAAGAUGGGCUGGUCCCCAGGAGAGGGGCUGGGCAAGAACAAGGAAGGCACCCUUGAACCUCUUGUUCCCGAUGGCUUGUUCUACAGUCAGCCAGAGCAGUUCCCCAAGAAGCAGCCUGUAUCUCUAGUAGAGGACUUAUCAGGCAAGCAUCCUGUGAUGGCGCUGACUGAGCUGUGCACCAAGUUUGGCUGGUCUGCUCCCAAAUUUGAGGUGGUGGAUAAUUCUGGCCCAGACCACAAGAAGAAUUUCUUGAUGAAGGUCAUAGUGAAUGGGCAGGAAUUCCAGCCAUCCACGGCAGCACCAAGUAAAAAGCAGGCCAAAGCUGAUGCAGCGGCACUCUUCCUGGAGUCCAUUGGUCUGUACAAGGGGCCCAAGACGUCACAGUGACCCCACCUGACUGUCGGUGCUGCUGACAGAUUGAUAAUUUAGUGUUGUAGGAUACAUAUGUAUUUUGAGAAAGCACACAUCGUGGUGUGCUGACUUGACAAAAGCCACUCUCUGGUUUACACUGAGGAGGAGAGGAGCAAAGCACCAGACUUGGCACAGAUUAGGUCCCUUCACAUCUUCGUCUCAGCUCCUGGAGUGGAGCAAACAAUUUUGAACUUGUGGAUGGCUGUUAGUUAGUUUUCAGAUUCUAUGGAGAUUAUGAGGUAGGGUUGUUUUUGUUGAGUAGCCAUCCACACUAUGUACCUUUUACCUGGGGAUAGGCAUCCCCACGUCCAGACCACACUGCUAAACUUCAUCAGGACAAAACUGAUACAAGUGAGGAUUUGCUGUGCCGUGGGUGUCGUCAUUCACCUCUCGUAGUCCGGAGUGUUGCUACAUGUUUGGUGUAUGUGCUGCAGUAAUUAAACUACAGCUGAGUGA